GUGUAAAUCACACAGCCCGUUUGGGACCGGGAAUCCCAAUCAUGUCUGUGAUGGUGGUGAGAAAGAAGGUGACACGGAAGUGGGAGAAACUCCCGGGCAGGAAUACCUUCUGCUGCGAUGGCCGUGUCAUGAUGGCCCGGCAAAAGGGCAUCUUCUACUUGACCCUCUUCCUCAUCCUGGGGACGUGUACACUCUUCUUCGCCUUUGAGUGCCGCUACCUGGCUGUUCAGCUGUCUCCUGCCAUACCUGUGUUUGCUGCCAUGCUGUUCCUUUUCUCCAUGGCUACACUAUUGAGGACAAGCUUCAGUGACCCUGGAGUGAUUCCCCGGGCCCUGCCAGAUGAAGCAGCAUUCAUAGAAAUGGAGAUAGAAGCUACUAAUGGCGCGGUGCCCCAGGGCCAGCGACCACCCCCGCGUAUCAAGAAUUUCCAGAUAAACAACCAGAUUGUGAAACUGAAAUACUGUUAUACAUGUAAGAUCUUCCGGCCUCCCCGGGCCUCCCACUGCAGCAUCUGUGACAACUGUGUGGAACGCUUCGACCAUCACUGCCCCUGGGUGGGGAAUUGUGUUGGAAAGAGGAACUACCGCUACUUCUACCUCUUCAUCCUUUCUCUCUCCCUGCUCACAAUUUAUGUCUUCGCCUUUAACAUCGUCUAUGUGGCACUCAAAUCCUUGAAAAUUGGCUUUCUGGAGACGUUGAAAGAAACUCCUGGAACUGUUCUAGAAGUUCUCAUCUGCUUCUUCACACUAUGGUCCGUUGUGGGACUGACUGGAUUUCACACUUUCCUCGUGGCUCUCAACCAGACAACCAAUGAAGACAUCAAAGGAUCAUGGACAGGGAAGAAUCGCGUCCAGAAUCCCUAUAGCCAUGGCAACAUUGUGAAGAACUGUUGUGAAGUGCUGUGUGGCCCCUUGCCUCCCAGUGUGCUGGAUCGAAGGGGUAUUUUGCCACUGGAGGAAAGUGGAAGUCGACCUCCCAGUACUCAAGAGACCAGUAGCAGCCUCUUGCCACAAAGCCCAGCACCAACAGAGCAUCUGAAUUCAAACGAGAUGCCAGAGGACUCCAGCUCUCCGGAAGAGAUGUCGCCUCCAGAACCCCCAGAGCCAGCACAGGAGGCGACUGAAGCUGAGAAGUAGCCUAUCUGUGGAAGAGACUUUUGUUUGUGUUCAUUAGGGCUAUGAGAGAUUUCAGGGGAGAAGAUAAACUUGAGACAGAGAGCAAGUAAGCUGUUCAUUUUCCCGGUUUUUUGGUCAUUAGUCACCCAAUUGCACACUGGCAUUUUCUUGCUGCAAGCUGCAAGCUUUUUAUUUUUUAUUUUUAAAAUUUCUAUACUCAAGGCAGUAGCAGAAGAUGUCAGUCACCUCUUGUAAUGGACAAAUGGAUCUCUUGGGCCUUGACACCGGUUUUCCAUGGCCUCCAGCCAUAACGUCUUCCUGGACUCUCCUCUCUCCCCUCCAGAUCCCAGCCCUCCUGCUUGGAGCCGUUAGUCUCAUUUUGGGGCUAAAGGUUUUUCAGACUGGGCUCAAAUGCUCUCAGGCUGCUGCUUGUCCCUAGUGUAGAGGCAGUCGCAGAGACCAUUGGCCAGAGAAUUUUAACUGGAUUCUUGAGGCCUUCAGAAUUAAUAAAGAUGGAGAGUGGGAUUGGAGGAUUCUCUUGGCUACCAAGUGCCAGCCUUGCCAGCUAAUCCUUUUAGGAAUGGGGCAGGUACUUUCCACUUGUUGUAUUUAUUCGUGUAGCUUCUCCUUUGUCCCCCAUCUACUCUCUAACACUAAGUCCCACUAUCUUCCCCUUAGAUACAUGUAAGUAAGUGUAGUGGAGAUAACAAUUUACAUUUCUCAUAGAGUUCCCAGAAAUUUUUUAAUGCCUCUGCUGUUCUCAGUAAGAAUUAAUGAGAUGCCAACGGCGUAUCCUUUUAUACUCUCUGUCUCAUUUCUCUUCCCUCCUCAUUAGCCCCUUUUAAUUUGUUUUUCCUUUGGACUUUGCUCUCACUAGGAGCAGGAAUGGCAGUAAUAAAAGUCUGCACUCUGGUCCUUCCUUUUCUUCAGAGGAAGCCUAAGUGCUCACUUAAACACUACCCCGUCAGACUCCCUGUGUGUGGCCUGCAAAGGCCCUGAAUGCACAAAUGUGGAAACCAAGGCACAGAGAGGCUGUCCUCUCCUUUCCUCUCCCCUUAUGUCCCCUUAAAAAAAGGAAAAAAACCCGCUAACCAGUACUUCCAUUAAGCCUUGGCUGAGUGAGGGAAAGCCCAGCACUGCUGCCCUCCCAGGGAACCCACUCCAAGGCCUCAGCCCACCUUGAGCUAUGGUAACCACGCCGGGGGCUUCCUCCAAGCCCCACUCUUCCAGCACUUCCACCGGCAGAGUCCCAGAGCCACUUCACCCGGGGGGUGGGCUGCGGCCCCCAGUCAGCUCUGCUCAGGACCUGCACUAUUUCAGGGAAGAAGAUUUAUGUAUUAUAUGUGGCUAUAUUUCCUAGAGCACCUGUGUUUUUCUCUUUCUAAGCCAGGGUCCUGUCUGGAUGACUCAUGGGGGUGGGGGAGUGUAAACCAGAACUUUUAAUCUAUCUGAAGGCGAUUAAACUGUGUCUAAUGCAAACUGCCUGCCUCCUCCUUCCCCCUUCCAUUUCAAGAACCACCUUGGGGGUGUGAACGUGUCUGUGUUGGGGGUGGGGGUUGGAGGGGGUUGUUUGUUACUACCCAUACUUCCAUUUUUCAGGGGACCCUUGGGUUGGAGUGAUAGCUCCCAAACUCUUCAUUGAAGCAUAUUACAUUCUGGGCCAAAGUUGAUCUUAUUCUAGAUUAUGAAGAAAGGACUUCUAAGUCAGUACACAGUGUGAGCAAAAUCAGAAGGGUAGGGAGAUUAUAUUUACUUUAGAGCUCAAGUUCUUUAUUAGGGUGUUGUUUUAAAACAGAUGGAUGCCAUUAAUUGCAAACAAGUCUUGGUUUUUUAAAGCAGGCUUAUCAGGGCCUUCCCUUGGAAACAUUUUGUGAGUGAUCUUUUACAAGUGAUGUCAUGUAUUUCUUUUUAAAUGGUCUGUAUUCAGGACUCCUUAUCAGUUCCUAUCUCACUCGUCUCAGUUGGAAUUAAUGAAAUUUGGCUGCUCCCAGAUUUUUCUCUGUAUUUUCCUAUUUUCCUUGUAGCAGGAUUUUUUUUUUAAAGAUUUAUUUAUUUACUUGAGGGGCAGAGUUAUAGAGAGAGAGAAGAGAAGGAGAGAAAUCUUCCAUCCACUGGUUCAUUCUCUAAAUGGCUGCAAUGGCUGGAGCUGGGCUGAUUUGAAGCCAGGAGACAGUUUCUUCCAGGUCUCCCACGCAGGUGCAGGGGCCCAAGCACUUGGGCCAUCUUCUAUCACUUUCCCAGGCCAUCAGCAGAGAGCUGGAUCAGAAGUGGAGCAGUCGGAACAUGAACCGGUGCUACUGGCGGAGGCUUAACCUACUACACUAUAGCACCCGGCCCCAUUGUAGCAAGAUUUGAAUUUAGCAUUUGAAAUGCAGAGACAGAGUCAGAGAGAGAUAUUGGGAGAGCAACUGACUCAGAUUUCUCUUGUGUCUGCUACUUUCCCAUUCUUUUCUGGCUCUCUCUCUCUCUCUUUUUUUUUUCUUCUUCUUCUUAUGGUUAGAUGUUUACUUAUUUCAAAAUAAGGCCAGGCCUGGAAAGUUUGUAAGUUGUUUGAGUUUUCCAGUUAACCUCUCAUGUAAAGCCCUUUUCAGUUAGCUGCCAGCCUAUCCCAGCUCAGCCCAUCUCCUCUCCUGGCUUUAUCAUAGCUUUCUCUCCUCUCUCCACUUACCUCAGCCACUCUGCUGCUGACCCUUUGGCCAGUCAGAUUAGUUUUCUAUUUCUGAUAUGAAGGGCCAAAAUGGAAAACUGUCUCUAGUGUGAGUGUGAGGGAUUUUUUUUUUUUUGGUUUUGUUUUUUGUUGUUUGAUAAGCUACUGCUUUCUCAUACUCCCUGCCCAGUUUCUUUUUGUUUAUAAAUAUUCUGUAUUUAAGACCCUAGCCUGAGGAUCUGUCCCAUGAAUACUACUAAUACUAGUCCGAGUUCUAAUCAGGGGAAAGAUUGAAGAAUUGAUCUUUCCCAGGGAAAGGGGCCUUAAGUUGUUUUGUCUUUUCCGUGGCUCACACUUUGUCUCCAACUCCCCUUUCCUACCCAUUCCUCAAGUUUCCCAUUUACCCCUUUUCCUAGGCCGUGAUGGUUGGCACUGAUCCAAAACCCUCUGGGUGGGGUUUGGCUAUGUUGGGACCUUUCUUUGUGUCCCUUUGGCUCCAGGCCCCUCCUGGCCCUAGCUGAGAUCAUCAUCUCCUCUUUUGUGUUUUUCCCUAAGUAUGGGAUUGGUUUUGAGGUAGGUUCUAAUUCUGUAGCAGCUAAAUUCCAUUCUUCCUGUCCUGACCAUCCUGCCUUUACCCCUAAGGACCCUUUUCCUACUGACCAAAUCUCUUUACCUUGUUGGGGGAAAGAAGUAUUUUGUUUUUAAAUCUAUUUUCUAACUUAAAUGCAAUUUAAUAUGUAAAUCUCUGCACUUUUGUGUGAGCCUAAAAUGUGUAUGUGUUGGGAGUUUUUCAAGCUCGUAUUUCUUAAUAAAGAAAUCUUUCCUUUGGGGGGAAGCCAAUUAAUGAAGGAGACUUGAAUGGUUUUAGAAAUACAGGGCUGUCUGUU